UGAUAAUGAUUUCGGCAGUACCGGCCAAGCCGUCGACAUGUGCGCCUGCAAGCAUAGGAAAUCAUUUCUCAUCGAGGAUAUCCUCAAGGACUCGAAGAAGCCUCACAGAAACUUGAGCAACGAGCCUAAAGAGCCUCUCACAUGUACAAGUAAAGCGCAACCCAUAGACGAAGUGACGACUCGGCUUUCAGAAGUCGUUAAGACAGAUAUAGAAUUGUCAAAAGUGAGCUUAAAUGUGGAAGUGAGAAGGAGCACAUAUCCACUGUACCCGCUGCCGAUGAAGGCGGGUCUGCCGUGGACGCACCGGGUCAAAGACAGCUACUCGGUGGAGUCACGGCCUCCGCCCAGCUACUACAGCGAGCCUGCAAUAACGGAACACCUAUUUCGAAGCCAGCUCGCAGCCACCAGACUGAUAGCACACCCCUACAGCAUACGACACACCUAUGGAUUCGAUAGAGUGGCGCCCGGUUGCUGCAGCCCAUGGUGGGGUGUGGGCGGGCGGCGCAAGGGCGGGCAGGUGCGGUUCAGCGCCGCUCAGACCGCCGCCCUUGAGCGCAGGUUCGGUGCCAGCAAAUACCUCAGCCCCGACGAGAGACGGGCGCUCGCCGCAUCACUUAGACUUAGUGAUAGACAGGUGAAAACUUGGUUUCAAAACCGACGCGCGAAGUGGCGUCGCUGUGCACCAGACGCCGCGGACAGCGGCAGCCCGCCUUCCGCAGAGGACGCAUCCGACGACGAAGUCACCAUCGCCGAUGAACAAGACUGACACUAGAUGGCUCUCACACACUCCUAAUACUGACCUCUAUAAAUGGACUGGCUAUAAGACGUAGUAUUUUGUGCCUAUUUGGUUUUCGCCAUAUUGGCAUCAGUGCCAUUGGUAGUGGUUUGUAACGGUGGAAUAGAUUCAAACUAAUUAUAGAGAUAGAAAUAACUGUCACAAAACAUCAACAAGCACGUUUAAAUCGAAACGAAGCAAAAGCUGUCAUUUCCAAGCAAUCGCCUUUCCAUUUAUAAAGAUCAAAGACUCCUAUGAAUUUGUUUUUUUAAAGAAAAUAUAUAUGUAUAUAAAGACAAUGUUGUUUUUACAUCUCAACACAGUACAAU